AUGGCCCCUUCAUUUGAUGAUCAUACUACUUCUUCUUCACGCGCCGCCGCCGCCCUCACCGCUCCUCCCUACCACCCACUUCUCCCAGGUCUCCCUGAUCACGUCGCUCCGCUCUGUCUCUCUCUCCUCCCUCCCUCCACUCUCUUCUCCGUCUGCCGUUCAUGGCGGCGUCUCAUCUACUCUGACUCUUUUCCGGCCUUCCUUUCUCUCUACACUCUCUCCUCCGAUCAUAAUUCCACCCUCCAACUCUCCUCCUUCGAUCCCAUCUCUUCCCAAUGGACCGUCGUUGCUCCGCCGUUAUCCACCACCCAUCUCUGCCGUUUCUGUCUUCGCCACCCGUCCUUCAUCUCCCGUAACUUAUCUAUCCAAUCCGUUUCCGUCUCAGGCCACCUCAUCUUACUCGCCGGAACCUCUUCCGAUCUUCUUCCCGCCCUCUCACAUCCUCUCGUAUUCAACCCACUUUCCAAGACAUGGUCUUUUGGUCCUCCACUCUCAACCCCACGCCGCUGGUGCGCGACAGGAUCCUCACGCACCGCCGUCGUUGUCGCGAGUGGGUUUGGUUCGCACUACACUCAAACCGUCGCUCGCUCCGUCGAGAAAUGGGUUUUCCGGGAAACUGAUUUUUCUGACAGAAAACGUGAAGAUUCAAAAUGGGUUUGGAAAAAUAUGAGAUCUUUGAGAGAUGGAAGGUUUAGUAGGGAAGCCAUUGAUGCCGUUGGUUGCAAAGGGAAGCUUUAUAUGGUGACGUGUGCUAAAGAAGGGGUUGUUUAUGAUGUAAAUUCCGAUGGGUGGUCGGAGAUGGCGGAGGGAAUGUUGGGUGGGUGGAGGGGGCCGGCGGCGGCGAUGGACGAGGAGAUGAUAUAUAUGGUGGAUGAAUCUAAAGGUGUAUUACGAAAGUAUGACGAUUUAAUGGAAAUGUGGGUGGAUGUUUUGGAGAACGAUAUGUUAAAAGGGGCGGAGCACAUCGCCGCCGGUGGUGGUCGGGUGUGUGUUGUUCGUGGUGGCGGUGGUGGGAUUUUGGUGGUGGAUGUGGUGUCAUCGCCGCGGCGGUUGUGGCUGUUGGAUACACUUGCCGGACAUCAAGUCUUGGCUCUUCAUAUCCUGCCGAGAAUGUGUUCGCCGGAGUUUCAAUCGCCGGUGGUGAUUUAG